ACUGUUCAGAGUCCACUCGCACAGCAACUGAAGAGACUUUGACAAAACAAAUAUAUCGGUCAUAUAUUCACCUGUUUUGAGAUUUUUACGCUAUUUUACAGGUGUGUAUAGAAACAUGUCGUGUGAAGCAUCAGUCCAGAAACAAGUGCUCUUAAUAAUGGACAGUUUAGUCACAUCUAUAGUGGCAGAAAUUUGUCAACUCGAUAUUUUUCAGUCAGAGCGUCGAAAUGGAAAUCCAGAAACUGAUAUUAAAAUGAAUCUGACGGAUGCUAUAAGGAAAAUAACAAACUCAACAGCUGAACACAUCUGUAGAAUCCUUCAUAAAGCAUCAAGUGGAUCAAGAAAAGAUCUGACACAACCAGAUCAAAUCAACCACAUGGUAGAGCAGCAAUAUGCUGGCAGUGGAAGACCACUUUACACUCAUAUCAAAGAUGAGGAACAUGUCAAAGGAGGAGAUCAGCAAGGCUUCACUUCAGACGUUGUGUCGGGAAUCCAGGAAAGAUUGAGUUGCACCCCAUCUGGUGGACAUCUACUUCAGACUGUUGAAGAAGAGCUGGAGUUUAGAUUUGAAGAAGUAUUUGUCCAUGAAGAGGAACAAGUAGAGUGUCAAACUGUUGCUGUAGAUGAUAUAAUGGAUCACAACGCAGAUGAAUCUGAAUCUGUAGAGCAUCAAAAAGAAGAGCAGUGGAGCACUGAACCAAACUCUGUGGAUGAAUUAAAUGACAUUUCAGUACAAUUAAACACACUAGAUCCACCCGACAUAAUAGAGACAGGAUUGGACGUCCCAAUAGACGCCACUGAAAAUGCUGCUGUAGAUGAUAUAAUGGAGCCCAGUGCAAAUGAAUCUGAAUCUCAUCAAAGAGAAGAGCAGUGGACCACUGAACCAAACUCUGAGGAUGAAUCCAAUGACAUUUCAGUACAAUUAAACACACUAGAUCCACCCGACAUAAUAGAGACAGGAUUGGACGUCCCAAAAGAUGCCGUUGAAGAAGAGCAACCCAAUACAAGCGAUGAGCAGAACACAUGCAAAAUCUGCAGAAAGACCUUCACCCACCUCAACAACCUGAGAAGACACGAGCAGAAGUUCCACAGCGGAGAAACACCUCACGCUUGCCAAGAGUGCGGAGAGCGCUUCGGCUCCAGACGCCUCCUCCAAAUCCACCGCAGAGACCACAAGGUGGAAAAACCGCACAAAUGCACGCUCUGCGACAAGGUGUUUCGCUUGCCCAACCACUUGAGGAAUCACAUGACGAGUCACGGUGACCAGAGACCGUUCUCCUGCACCACAUGUGGAAAGAGCUUCGCCUUGAUAAGCGUCCUCAGAUCUCACGAGCGAACGCAUGAUGGCGAGAAGACCUUUGUAUGCUUGCAAUGCGGCUCCAAGUUUCUCACCAAGUCUUACUUGGACUACCACCAGCGAGUUCACACUGGAGAAAAGCCAUACCUGUGCAAACACUGUGGGAAGAGCUUUGCCCAAAAGGGCAACCUCAAGGCACACGAAAGGGUUCACACGGGCGAACAGCCCUUCAGAUGCGAGGACUGUGGAAAAACCUUCGUACACGCCAACACCUUCAAAUCCCACAAGCAGCUCCACACGGGAGUCAAAGCUUUCUGCUGUGAGCUUUGUGGGAAGGGUUUUCGGCGAGGAACGCAUCUCAAGACUCAUCUAUUGACGCAUUCUGGAGACAAACCGUUUAGUUGCGAUGUAUGCGGGAAGACUUUUGCCCUCAAAGGAUCUCUGAAGACGCACCAGCUCACUCACACGGGGCAGAAGAGUUACACUUGUAACGUCUGCAGUAAGCAGUUUACUCAAGCCAGCUCGCUAGCGAAACACAAACGGGUUCAUACGGGAGAGAAACCGCACCGCUGCGCAAACUGUGACAAGUGUUUCUCUCAAAGCAGUCAUCUUAACUAUCACUUGAAGGUUUGCCCAUCUGGGACAAAAGGCUCUGCAAACUCUAAUGUGGAAGAGAACUAGCUGAGAACUAAUCCCAUUUGUGCCUUUCUUGAAAAUACCUGUGACCAAAUAAUUGAGACUUUUCUUAGAAAAUCUGCAAGAUGUUUCAUGCGUAAUUAUUGGAUCUAAUUAGGGUGAAUCUCACGAUGAAACUCCUGUGUCAAAUUUUACAGUGAAAUAAAGCAAUUAUAUUUUGCGUAAGGAUAACUAAAUAUAUGAGACUAUUUGAAAAGUUAAUUUGCAAAAACAGAUAACUUAUAGUUAUGUUUUUUAAUUGUGCAUUCCAAUAAAUCUCAAGCUGUUAUUAUGAUUACGUAAAAAUAACUAUUAAAUACAGCGAACACAAAAACCUGAUAUAAAAUAAAUGAUUUUUGAAAAAAAUUACUUUUUUUUUUUUUAAAUAAUUAAUUUGCAGAUUUGUAUAUUAAUACUCAAAUAAAAUGUCUCAAAACCAGACUGAUGUAGAAAUGCAAUUUAAUUUAUGUUUGAAAUAUACAGAACCCACAAAUGGACAAAAAUAUUUGAAAGGAGGGAAAAACAAAAACAAAACAUUUCAAUGCUUUGCUUUGUCUCAAUUGCAUUCUCCUGAGAAACUUUGCAUUAUUAUUUUGCAUCCAUUAUUUUUCCUCCUAAGCAAUAUUAUUUCAAUCACAGGUUUUGGGAACGAGUUUGUUUGUAAAAACAAAUAACUCCGUUUUUGACAAUUUUCAAAAAUCAUGUUUUUUUUCCAUUAUCUGUUUUUGCAGAUAAACUUUUAAUUUUCAGAUAUGUACAUUAAUACUCAAAUAAAAUGUCUCAAAACCAAACUGAAAUAAAAGGAAUAGAAAUGAAAUUUAAAAUACAUAAUUGCCAUGGAACUAAUGUCAUGUAAAAAAAAAGAAAGAAA